GCAAAGUAAUCCGACAAGCCUUCUGCGUACUUCGUGUGUUAUCUGGCGCCUCGCGCGUAAAGGCGAGCCGUAAUGCCAUCCUUUCCCACUCCGGCGCUGCUGCUGGCGAGCUGCCUCCUGUGCUUUAGUUCCAUCUUCGCCUGCGCGUAUCUCCUCGUUGCCUUGAUGGCGUCGUGUCGGACGGCGAAUAUCGUGCGGCACAUCGCCGUCGCCGUCACCCUUGUCCCUGUCGCCUUCGUGCUAUGCCUCUUCCUCGUCUUUUCAUACAACAGCCUCGGCGAGACGCUGCACACCUUUGCAAAGGAGCACCAAAGCGACCUGCCGCCGCCGAUCGUGUACGCCGCGGCCGCCGUGCGACCGCUGAGUGGUCACUUUAAUCUGACAGAGACGAUGUGGAUGGCGUGUUUGCUUUUUACGGCGUACGGCGUCGCCAUCGUGUGGCACCAUUUGAUUGAUAUCACACGGUUGUUGAAGGCGUCGCGACGACGUCUCUUGUUGUCCGACAUGCAGGAGCAGCGUACGGAGGAGGCGGCCGCCCCAAAGGCAGGGAAGAAGCGGUGA